AAUAAAUUACAUCGUAACGUAAAAAAAUAUAAUUCUGGUAAACACCCAUCCCUGGUUAAAACUAUGACAGUUGCGAUAUGUCAUUUGUCAUAGUUGUCAUAUGUUUAGAAAUUGGAAACUUUAAAAAAUAUCUAAAUAUUUUUGUUUUCCAUUAAAAUGUGUGAUUUUUGUGGUAUUAUCAAAGAGAGAACACAUUAGGAAAAUGGGAAUUGGGACGAAGAUAAAUAUUAUUUAUUAAGUGUAAUAAAUUACAUCGUAACGUAAAAAAAUAUAAUUCUGGUAAACACCCAUCCCUGGUUAAAACUAUGACAGUUGCGAUAUGUCAUUUGUCAUAGUUGUCAUAUGUUUAGAAAUUGGAAAGUUUAAAAAAUAUCUAAAUAUUUUUGUUUUCCAUUAAAAUGUGUGAUUUUUGUGGUAUUAUCAAAGAGAGAAUACAUUAGGAAAAUGGCCUGAAAUGCAGCAUUAUAAAUAUCAGCCAUAGGGAAUAAAUCUUUACAAUGCAAGCACAACCAUCUACAAGUUUGGGUCUCGCGGUAGACCCUCACACGACCCAGAUGAACCAGUUUAUGUCCUAUAUAAUAACGUUGAAUAACUCGAAAUGUAGCGACGAUUUGAAAUUGAAGGCGAUCCAGGAGAUCAGUCAAAACUUUGAGCUGAUUUUAAAUUCGACCCGUUAUCCCACGUUUUUGAAACACGCUGUAGAGACAUUCAUAAAGAUUUUGCAAGAAGGGCAGCCUCAUUUUAUAGCAGAAUAUAACAUACACCAAGUUAGAAAAUUAAUACUUGAAAUGCUGUAUCGUCUACCUACAAACGAGCAUCUAGAACCGUACGUGACAUCAAUUUUAAAUCUAAUGUUGAAACUUCUAGAGAUCGAUAAUGAAGAAAAUGUAUUAAUUUGUUUAAAAAUUAUUAUAGAGUUACAUAAACAAUACAAACCGGCAUUUAGCUCUGCAAUUCAAAAAUUUUUACAUUUCGUUAAGUCGAUUUAUCUAAAUUUGCCUAAUCAUAUGCCGAAAAUUUUCGAACCAAAAAGUCAAAUCAAGGUGGAAGAUUUGAGCAAAGUAAAUAUUAACGAACUUUUAAAUGAAACUUUUACGGUAACUAGAAUACAGACCCAGGAAAGAAAUGAAGAUGGUACAGCAAUAGCAUAUUACCUAAUUCCAAAAGCUGUUUUAUCCUUAAAAGUGCUUCAAGAACUACCUAUAAUAGUUGUUCUGAUGUACCAGCUAUACAAACAGAAUGUGGAGCAAGAUGUUAGCGAUUUCAUCCCAUUAAUAAUGGAUACCAUAACUUUACAACCUACUUUAGAACAGCGCCAGAUGGACACGUUCAACAAAGAGAUUUUCGUUGAUUUUAUGGGAGCUCAAAUAAAAACGCUCAGCUUUCUAGCCUAUAUCAUUAAAAUAUAUCAACCGGUGGUAAAGAGCCAUUCAAAAAUGAUGGUCCAGGGCAUGUUAGGUUUGUUAACACUGUGUCCAAUGGAAGUGGCUCAUUUAAGGAGGGAACUGCUUAUAGCCGCCAGACAUAUCUUGGCUACGGAGUUGAGAAACGAAUUCGUACCUCAUAUGGAACGACUGUUUGACGAAGAUGUCCUGUUGGGUCGCGGUUGGACUACCCACGAGUCACUGCGACCUCUAGCGUAUUCUACUCUAGCCGAUCUAGUUCAUCACGUCCGGCAGGAAUUGCCCCUUGCCGAUUUAACUAGAGCUGUGCAUUUAUUUAGUAAGAAUGUACACGACGACAGUCUUGCCACUACCAUACAAACCAUGUCCUGUAAAUUGCUGUUAAAUUUGGUGGAAUGUAUUAGAACACAAUCAGAAAAGGAAAACAGUAGUGAAGGUCGAGAAGUGCUUAUGAGAAUGUUGGAAGUAUUCGUUCUUAAGUUUAAGACCAUUGCUAAAAUUCAGCUGCCUAUCUUAACAAGUCGCAACGAACAAAAGAAGCAGGAACAGACAACGUCGCAGCCUGCUCCAUCUACCGGAGUGGAGAUUAAAACGGAGCCUCCAGAUAAUGCCGAUAAUAUAGCGACCAUUCCGGUGGCGGAAAAAGAAACCAAAUCGAGAUUUGGAAUUCAGCCAUCGAAUAAUUAUAACGUAGCCGAUUACAGAAGUUUAGUGAAAACUUUGGUUUGUGGUGUAAAAACUAUUACUUGGGGUUGUUCGGCUUGCAAAACAUCUUCGGGUCAGACUCUAGCUCAAAUUAAGCACUUCCAACCUCAUGAAACCCUAGUGUUUGUCAGGCUAGUUAAAUGGGCUCUAAAAGCCCUUGAUAUCUAUACUUUAAAUGUUGGACCUCAGACUAUACUUCCUAUUCAAAGAAUUAAUCAAAGUAAAAAUAAAGACGAAAAAGAAGUUCUGGAACAUUUUAGUGGAGUGUUUUCUAUGAUGAAUAAUCAAACUUUUCACGAGAUAUUUUCAACUACUAUUGAAUACCUAGUGGAACGAGUUUAUAAGAAUCCUAGUCUGCAAACUGUACCUAAUACUUUACUAGCAAAUCCAGCUACUAGUCCCAUUUUUGCAACCGUUUUAGUUGAGUAUUUACUAGAAAGGAUGGAAGAGAUGGGUUCUAACGUAGAACGAAGCCAAUUGUACUUAAAAUUGUUCAAAUUGGUUUUUGGUAGUGUGUCUCUGUUUCCACAAGAAAACGAAAAUAUGCUUAGGCCUCAUUUACAUCAAAUUGUAAACAGAUCAAUGGAACUGGCAAUGACAGCAGCCGAUCCGUACAAUUAUUUUCUGCUUUUGCGAGCACUGUUUCGGUCUAUAGGGGGUGGUAGUCACGAUCUUCUUUAUCAGGAAUUUUUACCUUUGCUACCAAACCUUUUGGAGGGUUUAAACAGACUCCAAAGUGGUUUACACAAGCAACACAUGAAGGAUUUAUUUGUUGAACUGUGUUUGACAGUUCCAGUUAGAUUGAGUUCACUAUUGCCGUAUUUGCCUAUGUUAAUGGACCCAUUGGUGUCAGCUCUGAAUGGAUCUCAAGGUCUUAUCAGUCAGGGUUUGAGAACUCUGGAGUUGUGUGUAGAUAAUCUACAACACGACUUCCUUUACGGACAUAUUCAGCCUGUUAGAGCGGAACUUAUACAAGCUUUGUGGAGAACGUUGAGGAAUAAUGAUCAGGUGGCUCAGGUGGCUUUCAAGGUCCUAGGCAAAUUCGGUGGUGGGAACAGAAAAAUGAUCGUCGAACCUCAGCAUCUAGACUACGUGUCGUCUGACUUCGACCCGCCUGCAAUCUUGACGCGUUUCGACGAUUAUCAGCAAAGCGUCGAGUUUCCCGUGGCCAAGGUGAUAGAAACGGCGUUCAACGCUCUGAAACAAAGCACCAUCGAUCCGUUCUAUCACAAGCAGGCCUGGGAAGUGAUCAACUGUUACCUAACCGCGUCCAGAGAUCUGAAGGAUAGCAAGGAGGAAUUGAUUAAACUGUUUUUGAACCCGAGCUUCCAAGAUCCGUCCAAGAUUUCGAUUACGAAAGGCUCGAAUUAUAAAUCUAUCCAUACGACUGCACGAGAGACUCAUCAGAUAGCUUUAAAAGGUAUGAUUGUUGGAGCUGCUAUUAAAGAAUUGUCUAAACCAGCAAUGCAAAUAUUUGUUUUACUUGUUCGACAUUACACAAUGGUAGCUGUUGCUCAGCAAUGUGGGGCCUUUGCCUACACUCCAAAACCAAACAAACAAUUAGAUCUAGAUCCUUUGGUACUCGUGGAUGCUUUAGCUGGAAUCAUGGGCCACGAAGAACGAGAACUAUGCAAGCCUGGACACAUUGGAUUGAUGCUUAUAGUAGAUACGGCUACUACACUUCUGGGUAGCAAGGAAAUGGCCUGUCGUCUACCUCUAAUCGAGUAUCUGUCCGAAAAAAUGUGCGGAUUGUGCUAUGAAAGAGCCUGGUAUGCAAAACUAGGAGGCUGCAUUGCUAUUAAUUUCAUGUUCGAGAAAUGUGCUUUAAAAUGGGUGUACGAACAUAUGUUCACCUUUCUAAAAGCAUUAUUAUUUGUUAUGAUGGACUUGACCGGAGAAAUUUCACAUGGAGCGCUUGAUAUGGCGAAAGAGAACUUACAAAAAAUGCUAAUUGUAUUAGUAACACCUCCCCCUGAAGACAGUGACGAGAAGACGAAAGAACUACAGUCUGAAGCUUUAUGUAACGUUACUAGUGAGUUAGUUAGACAAGUAACUAGUCCACAUAAUAUGGUUAGGGAACAGUCCAUGGCAAGUCUUUCUCUGCUUGCUAAAGAACAAAACAAAACUGUAACUGAAGUGAUAGAACCGUUUAAAGAAGUGAUAGCUGACAUGAUUCCUCCUAAGAAGCAUCUGUUAAAACAUCAGCCUGCUAUAGCUCAGAUGGGUCUUAUGGAUGGUAACAUGUUCUUUACCACUUUACAACCUAGAUUAUUUACUAUUAAUAUGGGUAUAGCCCAUCACAAGCUUUUUAUUACCGAUUUGCUAUCACUGUGCAAUAUGGAGGACUCUAGAUUGUCAUCUUAUUCCUGCUACAAGUCCAUAACCAAUUUCAUUCCUUUAAGACAGAGCGCGUUACGCGUUUUGGCCGCCUGUCAUUAUUUAGAAGAAGUGAGGGAACAAAUAUUUCAGGUUUUAUACAAGGCAUUGGAAAAACCUAACCCGGAAUUACAAGAGACUGCGUUUGAAUGUAUGAAGAAAUUUAUCGCUGGUUAUACUAUAGAAAAAGAAUUAGUUCAUCAGAACGUAAGGCCUUUCUUAACUACUCUUGGAGAUGUAAAUGCUUUUUCGUUGAAUUCAGUUAAGAUGUUAUCAUAUUUGACACAGCUAUUUCCCAAUAUAUUUAAGGAGACUCUUUGUGAGCAUUUACUAAUAGUAUUAAAAAAUUUGACAACUGCGGAGAAAUCUACUUCAGAAGCUAGUCUUGCAAGCGGAAGCAACCUGCCUAAAAAAACAGACGAACAGAAAAUUACAAUUACAAUAAUAAAUAUUUUCUAUCAAACACCGGCUGCUUCGAGCAAAUUUAUCGUCCAGCUUACUCAGUUAAUAUUACAAAUUGAACAGACGAUGGCUAUAGAAGCCAGUAGUCCAUUCAGAAGCGUUUUAAUGAAGUUUUUGUUGCGUUAUCCGGCAGAAACACUCAAUAUGUUCUUAUCGGACAACUUUAUUAAAGACAAACAAUUCAGUAGGUAUUUGGAAUAUCUUAUAAAGGACAAGGAUGGUAAACCAUUCAGAGAUCACAUACAAACUUCAAUGGUUAAGCAAUUGAUUGUGAUGGUACGUUCAAACUACCUGAACUUGAACAUGACGGCACAAGAGAAAAACGAGCUUCAAUUCCAGGGUAUUCGGAUCAUUUCGCUACUAAUUAAGUUUGAUGACGAGUGGUUGUCAACGCAACCGGAUUUAGUUGAGGCUUUAAAACAAAUUUGGUGUGACGACGCUUAUCAGAUGAGGCAUAAAAACGUGGAACAACUGGAAUAUACUCACUGGAAGGAACCCAAGUUGCUAGUGAAGAUACUAUUGCAUUAUUUCUGUAACGAUCCUAACAACAUUGAUCUACUGUUUCAGUUGUUACGCGCAACCACAGAUAGAUUUAUACCUGAAUUUCAAUUCCUUCGAGAUUUUCUAGAAAACACUGUGGCCCAAAAUUAUACCGUUAACUGGAAACGUUCAGCCUUUUUCCGUUUCGUCGAGUUGUUCUCCUCGAAUGCAAUGUCUCAAGAACUUAAAGCGAAAGUUUUACAGCUGAUACUGAUCCCUUGCUUCGCGGUGAGCUUCGAGAGGGGCGAAACCAAUAAGCUAAUCGGAGAACGGAAUUCGUUGAUGGCUUAUCAGGACAACACUCGAAAUGUCGUGUCCGUUUUUAUAAACGAACUGAUCGACCGGGACAAUCCCUUCCCCACGGCCGAUUGUGUGCGUAUUUCUUUAUUGCAGUUUUCUUGCCUGUUGGUAGAACAGGCCAGUUCGCACAUUCACGAUCACGAUGCUAAUAAUAAGCCACAAGGUUUUAAAUUGAGAAAACUGAUGGAGUUUGCUUGGCCGUGUUUGUUGGUGGAAAAUUGCGUCGAUCCUGCUACCAGAUAUCACGGCCAUCUUCUGAUUUCGCACAUAAUAGUCAAAUUUGCAAUCCAUCAUAAAAUUGUACUCCGAGUGUUUCACUCCCUGUUGAAGGCCCAUGCUGUUGAGGCUAGGAACGUUGUUCGUCAAGCUUUGGAAAUUUUAACGCCAUCUAUGCCUUCGAAAAUGGAACAAGGUUAUAGUAUGUUGGCACUUUGGACCAAAAAAAUUUUGAUGGACGAAGGUCAUUCAAUGCAACAGUUGUUUCAUAUUUUGCAGUUAGUUGUCAAACACUAUAAGGUAUAUUACCCGGUCCGCCAUGACUUGGUACAGCACAUGGUUAGUUCCAUUCAGAGAUUAGGUUUUAGUCCAACGGCUACUCUAGAGCACAGAAAACUGGCGGUAGAAUUAGCUGAAGUCAUUAUUAAGUGGGAAUUACAUGGUAUUAAAGACGAAGGUAGUCUUUCAGAGUCUGAUUCAGUGGAUAUAGUGUCACGCAGAUCAAUGCCCGAAUCUACUGAGCACGCCCGGAAGAAAAUAAUACUAAUGUCGAGUGGCGGUACACCUGUACCUGUUGUCGUUAACACAGAACCGUCGACACAAGAGCAUAUAGAUAAGAGACAUACAGAUAACGUACUAAACUUUCUACUUAGACUAGCCUGCCAGGUUAACGAAAUGACACCUCAAAAUCCCGCCAAUCCUGGAACUAGCAGUCCGGGCGAACUACUUUCUAGGCGUUGUGUUAUUCUGUUGAAAAACGCGUUGAAACCGGAACUUUGGCCCGAACAGGUGGAUCUUAAAUUGGGAUUUUUUGAUAAGAUUUUGAUGCUAGUGGAUAAGCCUAACGCUAACAUAGCUAAUAUUUGUACGGCACUAGAACUACUUACGUACUUGUUGACAGUUCUAACUAAGGAACAAGUUUUAGCUAGUUUCGAACUAUUACAGCAAGGAUUAUUUGCCUGUAUAGUUUCAUCGAAGAAUAAAGUUAUUAUGCUAAUGCAUAAUUUAUUAAUGAAACUAUUCGCCAUAGUGCCAUUGGAAAAAGUAAACAAAUGUAAAGAAUUGGAAGAAUUAUAUACCAACAUUAACGAUGUAAUUCUGAAUAAUCUAAAGGCUUAUGAGGAGACAAAAGACAAAAAGGUUCCCUCAGCGCUGUUUGGAACAUUGACGGUGUUGAAAGCUGUUUGUGCAAACAAUACCUCUUACAUAGAUACCAUUAUAAUGCCUUUUAUGCGCGUAUUGAACUGUUUGGUGAACGAACACUUACAACCGACCGCCCAAGAUCACGUUCCGAUUACCAGCGAACUUCUCAUUCGAAGUCUCGAUCUUGUCAAGACUAGAAUCGUGGUAAUGGGCGUGGAAAUGCGAAAAACAUUUAUAGGUGCCAUUUUGGUCGGUUUAAUGGAAAAAACACAAGAUAUUAAGGUAAUGGAAGCUAUAACAAAAAUGUUAGAAGAGUGGAUGAAAUGCAAAGAUCCUAUUACUUUAAGCCAAGCCCCAAGUCCUCGAGAAAAGUCGAUUUUAUUGGUAAAACUAAUGCAGUAUAUUGAAAAGCGUUUCCCGGACAACAACGAAUUAAACGAGCAGUUCUUUGAACUGAUUAAUUUCGUUUAUACCGAUAAACAUUUGAAGACGACCGAAUUAACUUCAAAAUUGGAACCUGCGUUUCUGGCUGGUUUAAGGUGUACCCAGCCACAUAUUAGAGCUAAAUUUUUUAAGAUUUUUGAGGAAUCGAUGGUAAGGAGACUUCACGAUCGAUUGCUUUAUAUCGUCUGCUCGCAAAAUUGGGAAGUUAUCGGCCAACAUUACUGGAUCAAACAAGCGAUCGAGUUGAUAUUGGUUACGGCAACGCCGAAUAUGGCAAUCGAAAUGUCACAUAAAAGUAGCAUUUUGCCGAAUAUUACGUCAGUGAUCGACAACGACAAGAAGCGCGAAGAGUUUAUGAAUAUGCGCGUGGAGAAGGUCGACUUAUUUAAUGUUGAUAGUAAAGAAGGGGUUCUUAAUUUGGAUUUAUCCAACGUGGAGUCGAAUCAGCCAGAAGAAAAACCAUUAAGUAGGGCAGAAGCUAUCACUAAAAUGAUAAAUGCACAUUUUAAGUUUAUUGAGCAUUCCCGUAAUAUCACUACGGAUCAGUUUCUGUUAGCGACUGCGCAAUUAUGUCAUAUGGACACUGCAUUAGCAGAACAAGUGUGGUUAGGAUUAUUCCCGAGAUUGUGGAGUAUAUUGACCGAAGAUCAACGCGCUUCGCUUGCGCAAGAAAUGAUACCGUUUAUUACGUCGGGAACGCAUAUUAUCCAAAAGGAUUGUCAUUAUAGUGCCAUGAAUACAUUCGUUGAAGCGUUAUUUAGAUGUACUCCUCAAAUUCAAAUGGCUCCUGCAACAAUGAAAUAUCUUGGCAAAGGGCACAAUUUGUGGCACCGUAUGACCCUGGCGAUGGAACAACAAGCCUUUGAUCCGACAGGAAAAUUCAGUACCCCUGGAAACUGUUAUGAGUUUGACGAGCAACCCAAACAGUUUGAACUAUUGGAUUCAUUGGCCGAAUUGUACCAUCAAAUGUGCGAGGAAGACUUAUGGGCGGGUUUGUGGCAGAAACACGCUCACUACAAGGAAACCGGCAUUGCUAUAGUUUAUGAACAGCACGGAUUCUUUGAACAAGCUCAAACUGCUUACGAAGCUGCCAUGGCUAAACAUAAAGCCGAAGCAAGUUUGGGUCCCAUACCUGCGUCUUAUCAAAGGGAAAUACUUCUUUGGACGGACCACUGGAUACGAUGCGCUAAAGAAUUACAAAUGUGGGAUAUCUUAAAGGAUUAUGCCAAAACGGGAGUAUAUGACCCGUAUCUUCUCUUAGAGAGUGCCUGGAGGAGCCCGGACUGGGAUCUGAUGAAGGAGGCUCUUAGUAGCGUCGAAUACAACUGCCCUAAGGAACUAGCUUGGAAAAUAACAAUGUAUGCCGGAUUUUUGCACAUAUGCAGCAAACCCGAGCAAGGCAAACCUUUAAUGCACGCCGAAAGGUAUGUCGAUACUGCCAGCGCCCUUUGUCUGAAUGAAUGGAGGCGUCUUCCACAUAUAGUCAGUCAUAUCCAUUUGCAAUAUCUGCAGGCCGCUCAGCAAAUUAUGGAGUUACACGAAGCUUAUCAAAUUCGUAAAGGGCUUAUCCAAGGUCCGAACUCUCUUCACGAUUUAAAAGCUAUAGUGAAGACCUGGCGCAAUCGUCUUCCAGUGAUAGCGGACGACUUGGUACACUGGAGCGACAUCUUCACGUGGCGUCAACACCAUUACCAGGCUAUUGUGCAGCAUUUCGGUCAGAACAAAGACAACACAAUAGCCAACUCGAAACUAGGGAUGCACGCCUCAGCCCAGUCCAUCAUCCAUUUUUGUAAAAUAGCUCGUAAACAUAAACUGACAAACGUCUGUCUGGAUUCGUUAAACAAAAUAUACAGCAUAUCCAGUGUUCCAGUGUUCGAUUGUUUCCAGAAAGUAAGACAGCAGGUUAAGUGUUAUUUGCAGAUGGCUUCUGUGAACAAUAAAAACGAAUUACAAGAGGGUCUGGAAGUUAUCAACCAUACGAAAAUGGAAUUUUUCGCCAAAGAUAUGAAAGCGGAGUUCUAUGCUUUAAAAGGAAUGAUGUAUCACUUAAGUGGAAAAUCGGAUGAAGCUAACAAAGAGUUUUCAGCAGCCGUACAAAUGCACGAUACCUCAAUCAAAGCGUGGGCUCUUUAUGGCGAUUAUCUGGAAAGCGUAUUUAUUACAGAUCAUAGACAGGAAAAUAUUAAAUCGAGCAAAGAUCUAAUCGGCAGGCCAAGUCCGCAGGCUGGGUCAAAGGCUGAGUCCUGGGUUAAAGUCGAGGCCAAAACCCGGAAAUACAUAGCGAAGAUUUUAUGGUUAUUAAGUUACGACGAUGACAAGAACAGUUUAAUCGAAGCCUUGGACAAAGUUGGUAGAAUGUUUCUCAAGCUGUCUAUUUUCGGAAGCCAAGACGGUGUUUCUACUCCAUCCACUUCUACAAGUACCACAGCUGAAGCUUCGUCUAUUAAAGCCUCGCCAACGAUGGUUCAGUGUUCCAGGAUCAUGAAAAUGCAAAGAGAUAUCCAUACCACUGUUCUCUCGAGCUUGGAAGGUAUGGCUAAUCAGAUGGAAUGGUUCAAAGAGGAUUGGUACGAAGAAGUUUUGAGACAACUUUGCCAAGGCCUUAAAAAAUGUUAUGCUAUCGCAUUCGAAAAUAGGGAUUCGGUGAACGAAGCUAAAAUUACGCCCCACAUAUUGAAUUUCGUGAAAAAGUUAACGUCAACAUUCGGUACUGGCGUCGAGAACAUUUCGGGUUCAGAAAAUGCAACUAGUAACAAUUCAGCUGCGUCAGAAAGUUUAGCCAGGAGAGUGAAGGCUACCAAGGAAGAUCCCGUAUUCAAAACAAUGAAGACUGAAUUCGAAAAAGAUUUCGACUUUUCGCAGUCGAAUUCUAUGCGAUUGCACACGCUCAUUUUUAAAUUGAAAAAGUGGGUGAAGAUUCUAGAUAACCGAUCCAAAAUGAUGUUACAGUCAUUUUUAAUUGAAGAAAAAUGCCGUUUUCUAUCCAAUUUCACUUUACAAACGGCGGAAGUGGAAUUACCCGGUGAAUUUCUCUUGCCUAAGCAUAACCACUACUUUGUAAGGAUAACGAGGUUUAUGCCUCGGGUAGACGUCGUGCAAAAGCACAAUGCAGUGGUUAGACGGCUUUAUAUAAGAGGUCACAACGGAAAAAUAUAUCCAUAUUUAGUCGUUAACGAUUCCGGAUUAGCAGAUGCAAGAAGGGAAGAGAGAGUCCUUCAGAUGUUGAGAAUGAUGAACAUAUUCUUAGGCAAGCAAAAGGAAACGGCAAAAAGGUUCCUUCAUUUUACUGUACCGAGAGUAGUGGCAGUGUCGCAACAAAUUCGUCUAGUCGAGGAUAACCCUGCAUCUAUAUCUUAUUUAGAUAUAUUUAAAAAAGGCUGUACUAAGUUAGGGAAGCGAGGUAUUGAACAUGAUGAUCCCGUUCAGUAUUAUUACGAAAGAUUGGCAGCUGUACAAAGUAGAUGUGUCAAAGCUAGUCACCAGAUAUACCGAGAUAUUUUUAAGAGUGUCCAAGACAAGAUGGUACCGAAGACUGUUCUUAAGCAGUGGGCAGUACAGACCUUCCCGUCCGCAACUGAUUACUGGCAUUUCAGAAAAAUGUUUACUUUGCAAUUAGCCUUGGCCUGUUUUGCUGAAUACGUUUUCCAUUUGACGAGGCUUAAUCCCGAUAUGAUGUACCUUCACCAGGAUUCUGGCUUAAUGAACAUUUCUUAUUUUAAAUUUGACGUUGAUGAUGUUAAAGGUGAACUUAAAGUGAAUCAAAGGCCAGUACCUUUUAGAUUAACCCCAAACAUUAUAGAAUACCUAUCGACAGUAGGUGUAAGCGGUCCAUUAACCGCAGCUAUGAUAGCGACUGCCAGAUGUUUUGUUUAUCCGAAUUUUAAGGUUCUUAAUAUUUUGAAACCGAUUCUUCGAGACGAGAUACUGUUGUCUAAGAAGGUAAAAAAGACUGAAGAUACCAACGUUUCGAACCAGGAGAAAGGAACGGAGGCUGAAGAUAUAAUCAAUAUGGUGGGGAGGGCGAUAACCUCCAUUUCAACUCGACUGAACAGUUUGGCACAAUUUGACGGCACAGACAGUAAGGUCUCAACUUUAGUUGCUGCGGCGAACAGUCCAGAUAAUUUGUGCCGAAUGGAUCCUGCAUGGCAUCCUUGGCUGUAAAACUUUAAUAUUUUAGUUAAGUUUAAAGUUGAGUAGGAGAAAAAAUAAGUUUUAGAAAUAACUACUGUAUCAUCAAAAGGUUUAAUACUAGAGCAGGCUAAGAACGUUAACAAAUGUUUCUCUUAGAAUUGUAUAUCUGUAAAUGUGGAAAGAACAGUAUAAAGAUCUAAGAAACUUUAACUUUUUGCUUAUAUCUCUGAACUGUGCUUUUAAGCCUGCUUUAUCAUUAAAACCUAUGUUAAUACUUUUGUACAUAUUUGUUGUAUUAAGUAAAUUAAGUUCUAGACUAUAUUUAUAUUAGUUUAGUAGGAUACUUUUUAUCUCUUCUCA